AUGGCUCAACAGGAUACAAACGCCCAGAAAAUGGCCUCUAUGGCCAAGCACAAGGAAUGGCACGUCACUUACUGGAAGGAUCACAAUGCACCCACAGACCCCCAGCGUUUCGAAGAUGGCUUCCUCGUCGGUUGGGCAGACGGCGAGAACAUGUCCCUCACCCGCGACUCGAUGCUCCCUCAGAGACGCAAUGAAAAUAUCCAAAAGUGUGGCGCCUCUCAACAUCAGUGGGCCUUUGAUGACGGCUACCGUGAGGGCUUCGACGGGCGGCGCUGUAUGGGCCAGGAAGAUACUCACGACGCAAAGAUGGCAGAACUCGCCAAGCACAAAGAGGCACAUAUCGCGUACUGGAAGGCACACGGGAAUAGGCAGACCGACACCCUUCGCUUCUCAGACGGCUUUAUUUCUGGAUGGUGUGACUGCGAACGUAACCCCUCUUCAACUGUGCAAACGCUGGCGGCCCAACGUCGCAGGGAGCAUGUUUCACGAUGGGGCGACUCUCCCUCCGAAUGGGCGUUUGACGAUGGCUACCGCGAGGGUUUCGAGUCCCGCAAGGCUUAUACACCGACGACGGGCGCCAAACUGGAAAACACACACGCACAAAAGACUCAAACCUUAUCUAAACAUAAGGAGUGGCACAUUGCGUACUGGAAAGAGCAUAAUGCGCCGACCGACCCUAAGAGAUAUGAAGAUGGCUUCAUUGCUGGGUGGUGCGACGCCGAGAACAAGUCGCUCGGUAAUAUCACCCGCGACUCGAUGAUUGCAAAGCGCCGUACCGAGCAUAUCCAAAAAUGUGGCCCUUCCGAUCUCGAAUGGGCUUUUGAUGACGGAUAUCGCGAGGGCUUUGAGGGUCGUCGAUGCAUGGGCCAGCCUGAUACUCAUGACGCGAAGAUGGCCGAGUUGGCACAACACAGAGAUGCACAUGUUGCGUACUGGAAAGCCCACGGCAACAGGCAAACUGACACCCUUCGAUUCUCAGACGGUUUCAUUGCUGGGUGGUGCGAUUACGAACACAACCCCUCAUCUAGUGUCCAGACACUCUCUGGGCAGCGCCGGCAGGAGCAUGUUCGACGCUGGGGUGAUUCACCGUGUGAAUGGGCCUUUGACGAUGGGUAUCGUGAGGGUUUCGAGUCUCGCAGGUGCAUGAAGCCACCCCAACCAUCCCAGCCGGUCCAGCCUCCCACCCCAGCGCCCACGACACAACCCACGCAACCAGCUCAACCUGCGCCGUCUAACCCAGUAUCUAAACCCCCUGAAAGUAAUCCGCAACCCACACAGCCUGCACCCUCUGCUCAGUCACAGCAUCAGUGCACAAGCGAGUGUCACCACGAAUCCAGUGGCCCUGCGCCAUCCUCGACUAUACCUCCAAAGGACUCCUGUAGCAGCACCCAACCGGAAAAGGCAACCACGACGACAGCAUGUCACUCGGAACCUGCUAAGCAAGAGCAUUGUUCCUCUAGCGAUCCAAAUCACACAUGCAAUGACGACUGUAAACGCCCAAAGAAGGAGGGUUUGCUUCAUCGUAUCGAACAUGCACUGCAUUUGAAGGAGUAA